UUUGUGUGUGUGUUCCUACAACUGAGAAGGAUACAGGGAGCCUGCCUGCCUUGCUGACUUAUCUGAUGUUUUCUUGUUUCUGUUUCAGCAUUCAGGAUAAUUCCUUCAACACGACAGCUUUAGCAGAAGAUGAUGAUAACAAAGAAAAUUAUCCGGACAACGCUGCUGUCUUAGAGGAAAGGCAGCUGCCUUUGCAAGACACUCAGCAGCACAAGCAGCAAGCUGUAACUGACUACUCGCUAAAUCCUGAAAUGGGCAACUUAAAGCUAAGAAAGCCUAGGCCCAUUGCAAAGCUAGAAAAUGGAAAAAGCCAUGGGGAAAGUCAGGAGCUGGAAAGCACAUUGCCAGGCUUCUCAGAGUGGCAGGGGAAGUCUGGAUCCUCAGCUGAUAACUAUGCACAGGACGUGGCUUUAAGAUGCCAGGAAGCAGUCGUGAGAUUUCAACCAAGAAUAGAUGAGAACUCAUGCAUUUCACCCAAAGAAGCAAAUGAGCAAUUUAACAGCUUAAAUGAGAAUUCUUUGUUGAAGCUACAAGCCCUUGAAACCGAUCUGUGCUCUGCCUUUCUGCCAACCCAGGAAGAAACUCCUCAGCUGCCGGCACCCAAGAAUCCAGCCCCUUCAUCAGUCCAAAGCAGUGUGCAAGCUGAUGGGGCCAGCUGUGGAGAGCCUGUGCCAGCCCACGGAGACUGGCAGAAUGACAUGGACAGCAGCCCUCAAGAACAUCACUCCCUAGGGACCAGUCGACUGCUGUAUCACAUCACGGAUGGAGACAAUCCUCUUUUGUCACCACGCUGCUCUAUCUUUAGCCAAAGUCAGAGAUUUAAUUUAGAUACAGAGUCUGCCCCUUCCCCACCCAGUGCUCAACCCUUCAUGAUGUCGAGAAGUUCUUCUAGAUGUAACUGUGAAGAGUGCAAGGAACCACAAACAGUAACACAACUUACCAAACAUCUGCAGAGUCUCAAGAGGAAAAUUAGGAAGUAUGAAGAAAAGUUUGAGCAAGAAAAAAAAUACCUGCCUUCACAUGGUGACAAGACUUCCAACCCUGAAGUUCUGAAAUGGAUGAAUGAUCUGGCCAAAGGUCGUAAGCAACUCAAAGAGCUGAAACUCAAAAUGUCAGAAGAGCAAAACUGUACCUCUAGAGCACCCCAAAGAAAUGAUCAUCGUGAAAGCACUGGGACCUCUAAAGAGGCUGGGACACAGGAGGCCACAAGCACAGAACCAGCUCCCUCAGUAGAAGAAACCAUGGAUAGUGUAUUGAGACGAUUAAAGGAGAAAAGACAACACUUUAACCUUCCUGAGACUAUUAAGGAUAUGACAAAAAAGCAAAUGGCUUUGGAAAAAAUCAAUCUUCAGAAAUGUCUACUAUAUUUUGAGAGUAUUCAUGGACAACCUGUAACUAAGCAAGAAAAGAGUCUCAUGAAACCUCUUUACGACAGAUACAGGAUUAUUAAGAAACUUCUCGCAACUCCAUCUUUGAUCACAACGAUUCAGGAGGAGGAAGACUCAGAUGAAGACCAUUCUCAAAGCAGCCAUGAGUUAUCAUCUGGUCCGAUAUCUUGCCUCCCUGUCGAUGAGCACCUGUGUUACUCUCAGGCGGAGAGUGAGCCUGCAUAUGUUUCACCUCUGGAUGAAAAGAAAGUUUUCAGGCAAACAGCCUUGUCUAUGUCCAAUUUACAUGAGGCAACAAUGCCCGUUCUGCUUGAACAUCUCAGAGAAACAAGAGCAGAUAAGAAAAGGCUCCGUAAAGCUCUGAGAGAGUUUGAGGAACAAUUCUACAAACAGACGGGAAGGAGUCCUCAAAAAGAAGAUCGGGUGCCAAUGGCUGAGGAAUACUCUGAAUACAAGCACACUAAAGCCAAAAUCAGGCUCUUGGAGGUUCUCAUCAGUAAGCAUGAUGUUUCCAAAACGAUUUGAAGCAAAUGCAAUGCCGUGAUAUUGUUCUCUAGCAAAAAAAAAAAAAAAAAAAAAACAACCCAAGAAAAC